GUUAAAUCCUUACUCUUGGGCUAGAAUGAAAAGAGAAUAAAGCGCUAUUCAAAUUGAACCAACCUGUGACCCCAUCACUUUGCCCACUAUUUUCUGCUAGCACGGCGGGGAAGAAGGAAUAUUUGCCGAAGAAUCCCAGUACCAAGGUUCGCUGGUAGGCCCCGGCUGAAUCUUGCGCGUGCCCCGGCAGGGAAACCCCUCACUCUAGGAUUGCUACAACAUGGUUCUUGACAUGGAUGGGAUAAGAGGUGGGGGAGGAAUAAAGAGACCCAAGUCCGAGCGGCGGCUGACGUCUUGACAAUCCUAGGCUGUAUUUUUUCCGUUGGGGUGACUCUAAUUCAUCAUUCCGCUCAUCCUCCACUGCGCUAGCAAGUGUAAGUGCGAAAGUAAGAAAAACAAAGCAACAUCACUCGCCACCGAUAUGCCUGCCACAAUAGCAAACGGCGAUGCUCCCGAGCUCGCCUUUCACAACAUCGUGGAUGGAAAGCCGAGAAGUUCGGAUGUCAAAGAGCAAGUCAUUGAUCCGCGGACGGAGGAAGUAGGCUGGGAUGUCCCCGUGGCCUCAGCGCAAGACCUCGACGACGCCGUUGAUGCGGCCAGGCGCGCCUUCAAGACUUGGAGAUUUGUUUCUCACGAUGAGCGCGAAAAGAUACUCCAAAGUGUCGCCGAUUGCUUACGUACAAAUAAGGAUGUGUUGGCCCAGGCUCAUAUGAAAGAGACGGGCAAGUCAUUCAUCAUGGCAAGUGCUGAUGUCGAGGUCGCGGCUCUUCACUAUGAAUAUUACAAGGGAAUGACUCUCGAGGAUGAUGUACAGUAUGAAGAUGCCGAAGUCAAGAUUGUAGGGACCUACGUGCCCAUCGGCGUGACAGCUGCCAUAUCGCCGUGGAACUUCCCCCUAAUUUUAAGCAGCGUGAAGGUAGCUUCAGCGCUAGCGACAGGGAAUUGCGUGAUAAUCAAGCCAUCUCCCUUCACGCCAUACGCAAUUCUCAAGUUCUGUGAGCUCGUCCAGUCCGUCCUGCCUCCAGGCGUCUUCCAGGCAUUGCAUGGCGGUGCCGAUCUCGGCGAGCGCAUGACACUUCACCGAGGCAUUGAUCAGAUAAGCUUCACGGGCACUGUAGCCGUAGGCCAGCAUAUCCUGCAAAACUGCACCAAGACCAUGAAGAAGGUGAUUCUAGAGAUGGCAGGGAACGACGCUGCCAUCAUCUGUGAGGACGCAGACUUGGGGAAGGUCAUCCCGAGCGUUGCCCAUGGGUGCUUUUUCCAUGCUGGACAGGUCUGCGUGGCUUCAAAACGAAUCUAUGUACACGAGUCCCUAUACGACAAAUUCAUGGAGCUUUUCAUCGAAGAGGCUAAGAAAUGGUCGCCCAACAACAUCCUAUUCGCACCUCUGAGCAAUCGACCGAACUUUGAGCGGGCAAAGUCUAUCCUCGAGGACAGCAAGAAGAAUAACCACGACAUCGUCCUUGGCGGCGAAGUCAAGAAUGACGAAAAGGGAUUUUGGUUGCCGCCUACCAUCAUCGCAAAACCACCCGAGGAGUCCCGUAUUGUCCAGGAGGAGCAAUUUGCACCAAUAACACCAGUGAUGAUAUGGUCAGACGAAGACGAUGUCAUUGCACGCGCCAACCUCGAAAAUUCUGGGCUGGGUGCCUCUUUGUACACACCGGACCUAGACAAGGCUCGUCGUAUCGCGCAGAGACUCGAAUCUGGCUCCGUGUGGAUCAACCGGUUUGAGCGGCCUCACUUUGGGGCGUAUUUUGCCGGUUGGAAACUGAGUGGAUUUGGUGGCGAGCUUGGGAAACGUGGCUUGUAUGAUUACUGCCAAGUUCAGUGCCUUCAUUUUCACAAGUAGACGAAACUUCGUAGUUAGGGGGGAGAAUCGAAGUGUCAUGGUGGAAGAAGCAAGCGAGUCCUCUUUGGCAAGCAUGUAUAUAAUAUGAAUAUUGAAGUCAAACCGAGCAACAUUGACAUGAUCUUAAGACAGAGUCGUAGUCUGUAUGAGUGACAUUACAGGAAUGCACAAAGAUAUAGUGC